AUAAGAUAGUAUUUCUCACGUCACCUACUGAGAGGGAAUCAAAACAAAAUUAAAAUCACCCAGAUUAUAUUUGUUUAAAGAGUUUCAUUUUGGCAAGCGGGAAAGUAGAUAAUUAUGGACAAUGAUGACUCAGUCAGCAUUAUUCCAGAUACACCAAGCUCAUUUCCAGCACAGGGAAAAAUUCAUGUUAAAAGAACUAACUCGGUGAUAAAUAUAUCAAGUGAUGACUCAUUUAGAUCUUCAGUAAGUUCUGAUAUAAACCAGCAGAAUGAAAUAAAAUCGACUGGUCAAAGGACGUCUCCAGUACUGACCAAAGCCGAUGAUGAUCGCAAUAUAAAUUUAGUUAAGAACAGAAAUAGGUCAGACAGCCCAACAUUUAACUGUAGAAGACAGCUCUUGCAUGUUAAAACAUCACAUGUCAGUAAGACGUACAAACCAAAAUCUAAUGGCAUGGUUCCAGAUUCCAAAUCACCCCCAUUACCUGGAAGUCCUGAAUUUGCUCGUGAAAGAGCUGAAGUUUUGCAAAGGAAGAAAAUGAAAAAUAAAAUUUCACCAUUUUCCCAAUCAAAAUUUCAAUUGUCACCUUUAAAGGCAGGGGUGAAUUGCUUAUCAGCAUGUAAACCUAAUGACAAGUUUAUGUGGUCACCAUCUCCUAUAAAAGAUGAUUCUGUAAAGAAUGGACUAAGAGAUAACCACUAUUCAGGGUUUGUGAAAAGUUCAUGUUUAUUGACAAGACCUGGUUCAAAUGCAUCAAAAUCAUCUGUUAGUGCAAGUACUGCUGGGUUUGUUUCUUCAGAUGCAGUGAAAGCUAAAAAAAGAAAAGUUGAAACAAUUUCAAGCCAAGAUACUGACUGUGUUGUAAGACCUAAAGCUCAGAAGCAAAAAGCCACUUUCUCCUGGCCGUCAAGCUCAGACUCUGAUGAUGAAAUGUUGACAUGCUCCAAAAAUAAGAAAAUGAAAAAGGCUGAGAGUAAUGCAAAUGCCAAAGAAAGAUUCUGUGGUGAUUCUGUUGGUCAGAGGUUAAUGUCAGGGAAUGAUGGAAUAAAUUCUGGAAGUGUAAAAGUUGGAGUUAGUCAGAGUGCUUUGAGUAUUAAUGAAAAUUUACACAAAAAUACAGAAAGGAAUAGAAUAACUUUUAAGGAUAGAUGCAAGGCAAAGUCUUCUAUAGCAAGCACACGCAGCAGACCUAUAAAUUACUUAGACAAUGAUGAGGCGGCUGUUAACCCAAGACUGGGCUUUUCUCUAGGUGCUAAGUGUAAAAAAUCAGGAAAUAGUUCUUCGGCCAGAGAAGGACCUUCAGGUUCUAGUUUAAGUCCUCGACACCCUAAUUCUCAUAUAUAUAGCUCUAUAUCACCAAUCAAAUCAACUUCUCCAUACAGUAAGCAUGGAAGAGACAAUCUAGGUAAUGUGUCAAUUUCACCAAAAUUGUGUACACCGACAAAAACUCCUGUGACAUCAGUAUGUCCUGCCAGGCUUGUGUCUCAGACAGCAGACAAUUCUAACACACAUAGCAACAAAAACAAUUACAGAAUAUCAAAAUCAAACAGAGUUGUGGCCCCUGGUGUAACUGAGCUCUCCCCAAUAAGGAGGCAGAGACCUGCUCAUAGAAAUACAGAUCUGAACAACAGUCCUCUAGGAACUAGUGAUAACCCUAUAGAUGUUACAGAUGUAGCUACACCUGAAACAAAAAAAGCUCUUGAAGAAAUACGACAAAUGGAGGCUGAUGAAGAGUUUGCUCGACAAAUGCAGGAGCAGUUAGAUAUGGAGUUUGCAAUGUCUCUUCAAAACAGUGAGCCAAAUACUAGCUCUGAUGCCUAUCCACAUGGUGCAACUGGAAGUUCCCCUUCUGGUGCUACAAAUACAGGCAUUCCAGACACAGUAACAAGUCAGGCUUGGAACACACCUGUACAGGCAAGAAGAGGGCAAAGGAGAAAUGUAGGGGGAGCUCGUAGCAGGAGAGAUGUCCAUGACAAUCCAACAGAUGAAGCUGUAUUGCAGCUGUUAAGGCAAACAAUGGAAACUAUCAAUACUGAGCUUGGUGCCAGCUCGGAACAUGAUCAUGUGCAGUUUGAUCAGUGGUUAGGUAACUCUCCACAUAGAGGAGGUAGGCGAAGAAGAGGUAGAGGAAGGGGCCGUUCAACAGUGCUAGGAGGUAUAAUGUUCAGUCCUGCUGCAGGAGGAGAGGAUUAUGAGCAUCUUAUGAACCUAGCAGAGAUGUUAGGAGAAGCCAAAGACAAAGGAUUGUCAAAGUCUGACCUUUGUCGUCUUCCGGUGGUGCCGUACAAGAAAACUGUCGGACAGGAGGAAAUAGAUGAAUGUAAUAUCUGUAUGACAAACUAUGAGGAAGGGGACAGCCAGAAAAUUCUACCCUGUUUCCAUUCCUUUCAUUCACUCUGUAUUGAUAAAUGGAUAAAGAAAAAUGCUACAUGCCCCAUAUGUCGUGUUGAAGUGACAGUAAACUAGCCUCGGGAAUCUACCUCCGUCUUCCUGUUUAAAGUUGUGCAAUCUUAGUUGUAUCAUUUGAUUUGUCAUCAUAAUUCUGUGCCUGUCACAAGAUUUAGACAAAAUGGACAGGAUAAGGUGUAUGAUUAUUUCAUGGUACCAUAAUUGUCUUGAAAGAACUGUACAGGAAAACCAGAAUAUUUAACUUUUGAGAGUGAAUCUAAUUUUUGUUAGAUUUGUUCAAUUGAUGCGAGCUUAGAUUCACAAAUCUUGGUUUCUCUUGAAUAAUAACAAUACUAUAGAUAUACCUGGUAAUGAGCCUUUUUUAAGUGAACAUAAUAUAUGUACAAUUGAUUUGAGCUGCGUCACGACAAAACCAACAUAAUGGGUUUGCGACCAGCAUGGAUCCAGACCAGCAUGGAUCCAGACCAGCCUGCGCAUUCGUGCAGUCUGAUCAGGAUCCAUGCUGUUCGCUUACAAACCCUAUUACAAGUAGAGAAACAGAUAGCGAAAUUAAUGUUAUUUAACUUUGUAUUUUUAAUGUAUAUAGGACAAUUGGAUCAAAAACCAACACAAAUUUAAAUAUCAAAACAUGUUUCACUUUAUUCAGCUUCCUCAGUUGAUACAUCAUUAAUUUUUAAUGUAAUAAUUUUUGGUAAGAAAGCAGCAACUUGGCAAGGUCUUUUAUGUUUGAUCAAAUAGAGACUUAUUUUUGAUCUUUAUUAGAAACAGUUUGUUAUACAAUACACACGGUUUAUUAAUGUUAAAUAAGGGUAUGUUAUUUCAAACUGAAGUUUUAAAUCCCUAGUGUCAAUCUUCAUGCAUUGAGCUACCAACUUUUGGUAAAAUUCAAGAUCUGAUUACUGGUAUGUACAUUCAAUAGAAAACAUGCUUUAGAUUAUAUAUUGAUUUAUAUAAAUUACAAGUUAAUUUUAUUGGACAAAGUUGUUAAUUACUGAAAAGUAAAGGCCUCCAUGGUCAAGUAUUUAACACAUGAACUUCAAAUCACUAGCCUCUCACCACUGUGGGUUCAAAACCAGUCGGGGACUUCCGAUUCUUUCAGUAUGAUGAAGCUAUCUAGCAAGCUUACAGGAAGUUGGUGGUUCUAUUUAGGUGCAGACCUGGGGUAAUCGUUAAUCACCAUCAUCAAUUUUUUAAUUGAUUGCAUGAUUACACUGUAAUCAUCAUGUAAUUGAUUACCUUGGCCAAAAUUGAUUACAUAAAUUGUAAUUGAUGGUAUACAGCUUAAAUGCAACCAGUAAUUAUGAUAACAAUUUGACUGACAUUGAUUACUAUCAGAUUUAAGAGGAAACUAGGAUGCCUUUAUUUCUUGUGCCUGAAAUUAUACACAAUGAGGUACCUAAGGUCUUCCUCCACCACUAAAACUGGAAAGUCUCAGUAUGAUCUUUACAGUGUUGGUGUGACAUAAACUCCAAAUAGAAAAAUAAAAAACAAAACUUUUUAGCUCAACUAUUCGAUAAGAAUAAGUAGAGCUAUUGUAGUCAUCCGAGCGUCAACGUCGGCGUCAGCAUAACACUUAUGUUAAAGUUUUUGUAAUACCUCAAAAAUUUUCAAAGUCCAUUGACAUAUGGUUUUGAAACUUUGCACACUUGUUCACCAUCAUGACCCCAACCUGUAGACAGGAGGAGGUAACUCUAUCAAGCAUUUUGACAGAAUUAUGCCCCUUUUUCGACUUAUAAUUUACGUUACAGUUUUUAGCUCGACUAUUCGAUAAGAAUAAGUAGAGCUAUUGCAGUCACCCGAGCGUCGGCGUCCGCAUCCACGUCGGCGUAACCACUUAUGUUAAAGUUUUUGUAAUAGUUCAAAUAUUUUCAAAGUCCAUUGACAUAUGGCUUUGAAACUUUGCACACUUGUUCACCAUCAUGACCCCAACCUGUAGACAGGAGGAGGUAACUCUAUCAAGCAUUUUGACAGAAUUAUGCCCCUUUUUCGACUUAGAAUUUACGUUAAAGUUUUUGUAAUAGUUCAAAUAUUUUCAAAGUCCAUUGACAUAUGGCUUUGAAACUUUGCACACUUGUUCACCAUCAUGACCCUUAACCUGUAGACAGGAGGAGGUAACUCUAUCAAGCAUUUUGACAGAAUUAUGCCCCUUUUUAGCUCGACUAUUCGAUAAGAAUAAGUAGAGCUAUUGCAGUCACCCGAGCGUCGGCGUCGGCGUCGGCGUAACCACUUAUGUUAAAGUUUUUGUAAUAGUUCAAAUAUUUUCAAAGUCCAUUGACAUAUGGCUUUGAAACUUUGCACACUUGUUCACCAUCAUGACCCCAACCUGUAGACAGGAGGAGGUAACUCUAUCAAGCAUUUUGACAGAAUUAUGCCCCUUUUUCGACUUAGAAUUUACGUUAAAGUUUUUGUAAUAGUUCAAAUAUUUUUUCAAAGUCCAUUGACAUAUGGCUUUGAAACUUUGCACACUUGUUCACCAUCAUGACCCCAACCUGUAGACAGGAGGAGGUAACUCUAUCAAGUAUUUUGACAGAAUUAUGCCCCUUUUUCGACUUAGAAUUUACGUUAAAGUUUUUGUAAUAGUUCAAAUAUUUUCA